AUGGUUCUCGCCAGCUACCUCCGGCUUGCUGUGCUCGGCACAGUGCUGCUGUCCUCCCAAGCCCAGGCAGCCUUCGACUUCACACCCUGUGUCGAGAACUGCAUCUCCUCGUCCGGCUGUGAGCCAGACAGCGCAAGAUGCGUUUGCAAGGAAGCAAGGGGGCUCCUGCUCGACUCGGUCAUCUCGUGCCUGUUCUUCAACUGCAAGAGCGACCUCGUCAAUUUCGAGGACGCCUUCCUGGACCCGGUCGAAGAAGGCUGCGAGGACCGCCACCGAGACAUUCCCGAGUCCAAGCUCGAGGCUGCUGAAAGCCUAGCCAGCAGCUACAUCGACAAACUGCCCUCCCCUACCACCAUGAAGACCACAAUGGCGGAGGCGUCGAGGACGACGACCAAGCCGAGCACCACUGAGUCGCCAGAGGCCUCGUCCUCCUCGUCGACCUCAACGACCACGACGGCGACGUCGGAAGAAGAUGCACGGCCCAGCACCUCGGCCACACACAGGGGCGCCGAACAGCCGACGUCAGUCACAUCCGCUCCUACCGAUGGGGUCGCCGCGCCAUCAUCUACCGUAGAAGCGCCCGCCGCUCAGAGCUCGACCACGUCAUCGUCAGAGUCGUCCCAGUCCGGAAGCUCUGGUUCUAACCCUUUUGAUUCCAACCCUUUCGCAACCAUGAAGUCCGCGGUGUCGGCUGUCAAGCCCUUGGUCACGCUUCUCGGGUUGCCCCUGGCUAUUUCCGUAUUAGCGUUGGCGUAG